AUGGAUUAUCAAUUGUUAAACAAUUAAGUUGGUUUUUCAAUUAAAAUGAUAAUUAUAAAAAUGUCUAACCAUUCAGGUAAUAAAUUAAAGACCUUGCAUAAAAUUUAAAUAUAUAAUGGAAUGAAAAUUAUUAUGAUUAAUAAGAAGAGUAUAUUGAUUAUGCAGAUAUUUUAGAUAUAAAAGACAAUAUUUCUGGUUUAGGAUUUGCUUCUGAUUAGAAAGAUUGAUGUAAGAAUGGUUGGAAUCAAUCUGUAAAUAAUCCUAUAUUUUCUAGAGAAGCAUAUAAAUAGGGAAUAAGCAUGAUAAAAUAAUUUAUUUCAAAAAUUUAAGAUUAAAAAGAUCCAUUAAGCAAUUUUAAUCAUUUUCUUUAAAAGUUCAAAGAAAUUGGGAAAGCAUAGAAAAGUUACCCGAUUUAUUGGAAUUUAGCGAAUUAAUUUAACAUUAAUAACAUUUAAUAAUGAAAAAAUAUUUUGAUAAUUUUUGGAAAACGUAAGAUAUACCUUAAGUAGGUGAAAAUAUUAUUGAAGAUACUAAUUACAAAAUCAAAAUUGAGAAAUAGAUUGUUUUUGAUUCUUUCAAAUAAAUUCAAAUUGAAUAAGAAAAUGAUAUGUAAUCAACAUAUUCAUAAAUCAAAACCAAAAUAGAUGAAAAGAUGAAUUCAUUCAAAAGUGAAAAUAAGAUUUUUAAAAAAAUCAUAUAAAAUUAUUAGAUGAAACUUGAAAAUUUGAUUAAAAGCAAGGAAUUAGAUUGCAAAAUAAAAAUAUAAACUUUAAUUUAAAAAUAUGAAGGAGAAUAUUAAAAGAAGAAAGGAUAUGUUUAAAUUGAUAAUUUUAUUUAAACUGUCUUAAAUGAUGAAAAAUAGAAAAAAAAAUUUUAAGGAAAUGAAAAACUAAUUGAAUCAGAAUUUAAAAAAAAAUGA